UGCAAAUGUAGAAAUAUGUCUACUGAGUUCGGACUUUAUCAGUCGACUUCCACAAACCGCGCGCGUUUGCUCGAAAAUGAGUUCCAAAAGGAGUUCAAUAAUUUCAAAUCUGAUCUGGAAGACUUUGAAAUGAGCUUAGGGGUGGCGCCGCGGGCUUCUUCGACUGCUCAAAUACCUCUUAGCUGUGACCACUUCCGGAAGAUGCGUCAAUUGACUAUUGACCGAGCAUUGCAAGUGCCAGGAGCUAAGCCGCUGAAAAUACAGUCCGAAAUAAUGAAGGAAGUAAUGAACGACUCUUUGAAGUUAGAAUAUACAAACCACGGUGUCGCCUUCAUUUUAUUGGAUUUUUUUGUCAACUCUGUCCGAGAAACUGCUGUGUGCCGAUAUAAACAUCUUUUGAGAUGGAAGCGAUUCAUUCAUUCUUCGAAGGAUGCGGAGAAGUUGUACCCUGAAUAUCGUCAACGACUAGGAAACAAUUUGGCGCAGUACAAUGAUUUCAUCAGCAGGGCAAAAAGACUAUCUGUUGCACGAGACGGCCAUCUGUUCAACAAAAUGGAAAUGGGUUUCAAUGCGAUCCAAGAAGAUGAUUUUCAAAUUUUCACGAAAUGGAUCAUCACGCAUUUUCACGCAACUAAACGCUUCAAUCAGUUUUACAAGGGUUUACAGUGGGUUCAUCUGAUCCGAAGAUCCGACCUCACAUUCGAAGCAAUCGACUCUGAGCUGCAGUCCAUGGAAACGAUGAAAGAAGGAACUGAUUACGGGGAUAACGGAUCCCUGUUGCAUCAAAAGUCAGCAAAUGCAGGCCAUAGCAGCAAAAAUGACGAUGCCCGCACUAGUGUAUCAGCCAGUUCUGCCUACACUUCAGAAUCACAACAUUACUCAACCAUGUAUACUUCUAGCGGGGCAACACUGACUGCAGCAGCUGCGGACGGUCAGCCUGCUGCCAUAUAUGGAAGUCAACAAGGAUUUGUACUGGCUGGUGAUUAUGUCUGUGAGCCUAACUCGAGCUGCAGUGACUUGGGAGUGCCCUAUCUGACCAGUUCAUUCGAGGACCUCUCGAAGCUCCUGGAGGCGUGGAUCAAGUGCUACGGCAUUAAAGCGGACAUUGAGAUGAUAGAAUCAGCGGCAGAUGAGAUGGACUUGUUCUCAAAAGUGAACAAGAUAUUCUCGCGUGUCUUUCAGAAACAGGAGAGCCAGUUUUCGUUUCCAGUGUACGAGACUAUGGAUUCAGGAAAAAUACCUUGGGGAAAAGAUACAAGUGACCACUGUGUGUUGAAAGAGGCCACUUGGUUGGACCACUGUUCCAUGAAUCCCAGAAUAGAGCAUGCGGGUCAAGUCAAGUUCUUCACGCAACUCAGAGCACAGUCAUCUGUAGAUGAGUUGUUGAAAGCCCAGUCAGCCUUUCUGUCGAUAAAGCAAUACGAUCAAGUCCAAAGAGUACUCAAGUACCAGGCAACUUCACUGAGAAUCAACCGAGUAAUUGAGCCAUCAAGUGUCGCCAGUCACAGGUGUGAGAACAGAACUCACAAACUGUUCCUGGAGAUUUACACGAACGAGAGUCUGUUCACGUCUUCUGGUGACCGGCAGGUGGACUCUGAUUUGGAUGAUAUGGAGGAAGAUGGGACUGGGGGGACGAAGACGAGGCGAAAGUCGAAAAAGAAGAAUCUGGGAGUGAACAGUUACGAUUACAGUGAGACUCUGCAGUUGCUGGGUCUGAACGAGGGAGACGCAGAUUCAGACACAGUCAAUCUGCAAGGAGGUCAUCUGGCUUAUAUCCACUUGCGCCACUUGAGAAUUAGGGAGCUGAAGAGGAACUGUCUCGCCAGUCUGAACUACUUCAGGUCUCUGGAGAGAACCCUCACCGUAAAUGAUAAUGGAGUGUCGCUUGACGGAUCCCUGGAUCAGAUACCUCAAGAUAAACAUGACCUACCGGAAUACCACCUUGCAUCCGGACCCAAUCCACUGGAAUCCCACGCGUAUUUGUACAACACGCCAGCAGACUAUCAGAUCUAUGCCUCCAAAUUCAUGGACCUGAGCGACGUGGAAAACCACGACGACUACUACUUUGUGGGUAAUAAGUACGAAAAGCCUAUUAAUGAGAGCUCAAUGGGGAGCGAAGAGAGUGAAUUGGUCGGGACUAGUGGCAGUACACGAGUGCACGUGCAGGACGAGAAGGGAUUCUACAUCAUGUAUGAUGUGGCAGUGUCCGAUUUCCAUAUGCUGGAGAAAGACCUGCUGUUGAUGGGCUCAUACUUCAUUCAGAAGGAGAGGGAAUCCUUCAAAAGAUCGGAGCAAAUGUUCAAAAAAUCAAAACAAGGAUCGUUUCUCGACUCUGAAUCCAAAAUGGCAGAAGAAUCUCACAAGUUGUCCAAAUAUGGACAUGAAAUGGUUGAUCGAAUGGGAGUUUUAUUCGAUCUCUGGAAUUGCGAGUUUCAAUUCCUGGAGAAGAAACAACAGCUGAUCGACCUGUACAUGGAAUGCUACCAUCACACGCUGAAUAUCGAAGACCAAAGACGCCUUGCGCAGAUUGUCACUGACUUGAUUCAUCUAAGGCCUCGAAUUGACCCGAAUGAUUCGUACUUCGUGAAAAUAUACAGACUGGAAACUAUAAAUUUGUCCCUCAAAAUAGACUUAGUUCGGAAGUUGAUUGAAAGUCACGUUGAAACGCAGCGCGACUACGUCUCACGGAUCUGUCGAGAAGGUGACGAGUUCUACGGAAUUCCGAUGAACAUUAUUCCGAAACAACCGGUGUUGUUACAUAACAACUUAGGUAAUCUGCAACCCCUUUACUUGCUGGAAUUCCACCCCACGUUAGCUCACAUAGCGGGUCUGGAGACGUUCCUUAGACAUGGAUUCCAGGGAGCAGUUGAUCACGUUGGACCGAUGACUGUGACUGAAACGUUGGCGUUGAAUAAGAUUUUCCUGGAAAAAGCCAAUGCGGAAUGGGAUGCGUUGCCGCCAUAUGGAGGUGGUUAUUCUGUCCAAGUGCAAAAGGAGCUCUACGCUGACAUGUUUAUCGAAGACCCUCUGUUUGUAUGCGAAGUUGGCCACAGUUUGGCAGUUGAUGAAGAUGGAUCCCGCAAGCCGAUGGUGGAAAAGCAGAACCAGAUGGUACUGUACUGGUCUAGACUGCUCGAGAUCCUCACUCUGAGACAUAGGCUAAUGGAGAGUGCCUGGGAAGGCGAAGUGCUUUCGAAGCUCUACAGAACUGUAUGCGUGUCUGAAAAAAUAGACGAGUUUCAUUUGUACAUGAGACUAAAUCAGUUUGAAUAUGGUCAACAGAAGAACAGAAAUCCACCCCCGUUUUUGUCUCAUAUAAGCGAAGACGACGGUGCACUGAUUGACCGAUACAUUCCUUCAUUUCUAAGUCUAGCAGUGCAUGAGUUGGACGACAACCAAGUGGGAAGUUUCAACUUCAGGUCCAGAGAGGGAUUGCUGAAGUUGAUGUCCAGUCCAACAGGUGUGGAGAAUCUUCAAGUUGCAUUGCUGGCUCAGAUAUGUAAUGACAAUGUGUUGCAAGUUUGCUCUGAAUUGAAUCUAAAUGCGGCUCAGAUAUUCCAGAAGCCUUAUGUGAAUGAGAAAGAGAGAUUGAUGGCGGCUAACUCAAAGAAAGGAACGGGGCAUUCAAAAAGGGGUCUUUUGGCGCCGACUAAGCCGUUUGGAGUUGCGGACAAGCACGAGAGUGAAAAGGCGGCAGAUAGUGUUAAGUUGAAGCACUCCAAGAGUGCUGCGAAGACACCAGCGCCCCCCGCACACACGCCGGAAGCAUUCAUUUCAGUACAACUAGAAAAGUCGUACGUGCGGGACCUGAUGAUGAAUGAGUUUGUGAAGAAGAAGAGUCAGAAUGCACUGAUGAUGAGGAAUCAGGAGGAGGUGGAGAAGAUGAAGAGGAAACUCAUCUGCUGGUUCUGCACAAACCUCACCAAGAAGACCAGCGAGUACACUGCCAAGAGUCAGAUGUUGCUGUGCUAUGGAAGUAUGUUGAAACUACUGGACAGCUACCCCUUUCUCAGAGACAACUACUUCUCAGUCGGCCAGUUCAAAGAGAAGAAGGCAGCUGAAGACGACAGACCCUUGGACAACAUCGCCCAACAGGGGAACUUCGUGAAGCGCCCUCGUCGUGUGCUAUCGUCGAAUGGGAAGCAGGUGUUGAACAUCUGGUUCAUCCCCCACCCAAGUGAACUGAUGCACCUGUUCCGCAAUCUGGACGAGGACUCCAAGAACAAAGCUUGUCUGCAGAUGUGCACAAUCGUAUCAGCCGUCCAUGAUAUCUUCAAGUUGCUCUCAGCCCAUGCCAUGGCCGGAUGUUCCUACGCCAGACUGGGCUCACAGGUCAACACCGUUUCAGCCGCCUGGGGAGGCAUAGAGGGCAUCGGCACUGAACUGGUGGAGAUCCAGAAGCAGAUCAAUGCUCUGGCUAACCCGAAUGACCCAGAGCAGGUGACUGGCUUCCUGAAGUUGAAGAGAGAGACGAUGUUGUUGGAGUUCGAGACUGCUGUGAGAUACCCGAUCAGAGAUCAGUUCAUUGUUGCCAAGAACACAAGAGCUUACCAGGACAUCAGCAUAAUGAUGCACUUCGCUCUUAACAGCAUGAUCAAUGUGCAAAUUCCAAACGUGUGCGGUGGAAACAACCUGAUAACGCCAUUGCCGCAUCAAGGAAGAGAUCCGCUAGCGAAAGAAUUGUUCCCCUGGAGAGCUUCCCUAGACAGGAAUGGGAGUUUCUUGUGCUGCAUUGACUCGCCCAACACGCUCAUAGACAGUGUACUUCUAUGCUUCAGUCCACUCAGAAAUGCAGAAAGACAAGUGGCCAAUGGAGAGAUACUUGGCAUGUCUUUAAUGCUUGAGGAUGUGCUACAAACAGGGGAGCACGCGUUCAGUCUGAGUGACGAUCCGAAAGCACCCAAGAGUCCUCUUGUCACAGACGUGGAUGGGUCUCUCUUAGAAGAGAGCACACCUCAUUUGCACUUGAAGAACUCCCGCAAGAGUCUGUCGAAGUUGAAGGAGCCAGUGGAGUCGUACAGGGUAUGCCAGCAAUUCCUCCUGUUGUGGAAGAGGAAUGAGUUCCUGAGACUCAACUGGGCUCUGGGCAGACUGGGAAACAUCAAGAGACUCACCAGAGUGGCCGAGUUCAAGGAAUUCGUCAACCUGUACCGUCGUGAUGUGUUCUACCCUACUGUGAGGACUCUGGCAAAGAAGUACAAUCAGUUGGACCACUACUUGAAUGCCACCAUAAACGACACUGACCCCAUCACCAUCCCACGCGGAUGCUCAGAGGUUGAACUCCGAUUGAAGUUGACAGUGAAGCUGAUGGACACGAUAGAGUGUCGGAUGAUUGACAGUAUGCGGAAGAAGAUGGCCAUGGAACAUGCCAAACUGCUGGCUGAGAAGUCCAGGGAGGAGGGAGCACUGCCCACUGAUUUAUGGAAGAAACCAGCCAUUAAAGAACAGUUCACUCUGAUCCGUCCUCACAUUGCGGAGCAGUUUUCGGAGAAGCUAGCUUCCAUAGCUGAACAGACUACAGACACGACAGUUACUCUGAGAAGGGAGGAUCUGACGAGGAGUCUGGCCUGGCUGGGAGACAGUCUGAUGGAGAGAGAGAAGAGGAACUUCGAGACUUACUCUAUGUUCUAUGAGAACAUACUCAAACAUAAGACCAGAUUGUUGUUCAAGACCGAACAGGACAAGAAACAGUUGAUUGAAUCCAUGAAGGACUUCCACCGCAAUUCGGCCGUGGACUCCCAAUGCAGACUAGCUGCGGAGUGCUACUCUUUACUCAUGGAAGUGACUGCUCUUCGGUGUCAGUUGGAGGAGAAGGACUCUGAGAUAGUGGCCACUGAGAAGAAGACGAGGGAAGCUGUGAGAAGUGAAUUCAUGGAACUGGUGCAUGACCUCUUUCAAACCACAUACACAAAUAGAGUGGAUGUGAGUCAGUACCAGCUGCACUUCUUCAAUGACGCCUCGGAUCUGAUCCAGAAGGCUGGGGAUGAAGUGAGGAGGAAGAUAGACGACUGGAAGGACAAGGUCGCCGAAGCAGCAACUUGGGAUAGAUUCGACAGAGAAAUAGAUGAGUUCAACAAGCAGACAUUGGUGGAGUACCGGAAUAACAUUCUGGAUCUGAGGCAGCAGAAGGAGGCGAUGGAGGUGUCGAUGGAGAAGCAGAAGGCAUACUACAAGUGGAAGAUAUCCUCCACCAAACAACAGCUCCUUAACGAGCUGGAGGAUUGCAAGGGAGAGGUGGAUGGUAAGAGGAGGGAGAGACUGGGCAUGCAGUUGAUGUGCGAGGAGGAAGUGGGACUGUACAGACAACAGUGCACUGCUCUCAAACGCAGUCUAGCUCAGUCGGAGAACUCACAGCAAAAACUUCACUCCAUGCUCAUGAAAGAACAAAAGGAGAAGAUGGAGAAGGACCAUGAGAAGCAGCAGAGGGCGAGGAGUGACCAACAGUUGGAGGUCACCAGGGCGGCCAACUUCGAAAACCUGUUGUCUAAAUUGGAAGAAUCGGAAAUGCGCUUCCGCUCUUCCCUCAUUGAGAAGUCGCGAAUGGACAAGGCCAAUGAGUACUUGUUCGACAAGUCCCAGAAGACAAUAGACAGUCUGAAGAAGAACCUGAAUGCGGAGAGAGCUGUGAAGCAGGAUGCAGUGAGUAGACUGGAUGAUCUGCAGAGUAUGGUGGGAGAAGGCAACGAGGACUCCUAUGUGGGGGGAGGAGCCAGUAAAUCCAGACCCCAAACUGCCAACUCCACUAAAAGUGUCCGAUUCAUCCAAGAUCCGUCUGUUAUCUCGACAUACGGAACAAAUGCUGGACUGUCCCAAAGAGUGAAGAGCGCUGGAACCUCUGGGAGAAACAGACCCUUCAGUUCGGGAUAUUCGAGCGUCGUGCGCCCCUUGACGAGCGAGGGCAACUACGGAAUGGGUACACAGGAGGGAAGUCGGGUCACUUCUGGACGUGUGACUGGAGCAGGCAUGUCGAGGCCAGUCUCGUCUGCUUUCGGGACACCUGGAGGCAAUAUGAAUAGACCGAAAACAUCGAGUGCUCGUCUGCAACAAGGGAACACUGCAGCCGCGACUAGGAUCUACCGACAGUUGAAGCAGGAGGAACAAUACUGGGACCACAGGGCCAUGGUGGAGGUGAACCACACCAACAAGCACGCCGCUGCCGCCGCCAUCACAGCCAACACGCCCACUGAUCAGAGACAGUUUGCUAAUAGCAUUGCCAGUAGGCCAACAUCUGGCGUCAUGUUCCAACAGUGAUAGGAAAACGAAUCGAGUCAUGCUAGCCAUAAAUAGUAGAACCAUGCUGACGUCAUUGCCACACGAUAAAAAAAAGAAAAUCCGCCUAAUACUCCUUGUCAUGCUUUAAUGGCAUUGUAAAUUUCAUCAUUUAGUUUCAUCAUUGUCGUUGCGAAUGUACAAAAAAAACAUUGUCUAUCAAAUAGUUGUAAAUUGAAAUAUUGUACAUAGUAGAAAUUCUGUGUAAAUUGUAAAUACAUAUUUCAUCAGUAGUUUCUCUUCAUGUGAAAUAUAAAAACUAUAAAAAUUAGAUGAAAGUAAUUCCUUUGGGCUAAAGACUUAUGUAAAUCUUUGUAAUUAUAUAAAAUUACA